UUGACUCAAACAUCGGAAGAGAGUAGAAAUUGCAGGAAAACAAAACGAUCUUGUCAUAGUUCUUGUUGAACAGGUUUUGUGUGUUGUGUGUGUAUUCGCGUUCAGCCAAAGCUCUGCUGAACCACAACAUUAUUGCAGCUUGACGCUGCGCGCAGUGUGGAUCCGCAGGCCGCAAUCAGAGGUAAUCAGUACCGUACGGGAUCUCUCGACGGAAUGGCGAGCUAUCUGCAAUUCGGGGUACUUUUCAUUGUGAUCGUCGGUAGUCACGCUGCCGAUUUGUAUGACAAAUGCGUGGAUGGAUUAGGGGCAGAAGGUAUCUGCGUCCUAAUUCAAGAUUGUAAUCCAAUCAGUGCUCUCUUGCAACGACGACCUGCUCUAACCGAUGCUGACAAAACCUACAUAAAAAAAUCAAGUUGCGGAAGGAUAAACUCGAAAUUAACAGCCUGCUGCCCGCUGCCAAAAUCUCUCAAAGCAAGGUUUUCUGCUCCAGCAGGACUACCUUCUGAUAAGUGCGGUCGUGAUUCCAGCAGUCGAAUAGUGGGAGGAGAUAUUGCAGAAGUCGACGAGUUCCCUUGGUUGGCUCAGAUUCAGUACUACAAACCCAACAAACGAUUUGGGUUUCACUGUGGUGGUGUUCUGAUCAACGAGAGAUACGUUCUCACAGCUGCUCACUGCAUUCAAAACGUGCCAUCAUCUUGGAAAGUUUAUAAAGUACGCCUGGGCGAGUUCGACACCGAAUCCGACGUAGAGUGUAGUGUAAAUGAUCCAACUGACUGUGUCAACUCAGUUCAAGAUAUUCUGAUAUCGUCGUACUACAUCCAUGAGGAUUACUUCAACGAAAAUGGUGCCGACUAUAACGACAUUGCGCUCAUUCGGCUUUCCGUACCGGUGAGCUACACCGAAUACAUUAGCCCUAUCUGCAUGCCGACCACGGAAGAACUGAGGAAUCUUGCUACCGAGGACAAACUAAUGACCGUUGCCGGUUGGGGUCAGACAGAGAAUGGAACAGCGAGUCGGUACAAAAUGCAUCUGAGUAUUCCCGGCUGGAGCAAUGUUCGCUGUGGUGAAGCCUUCCAGUCCGCCAAUGUUGACAUCAUCGAGAGUCAGUUGUGCGCCGGUGGUAAAGCAGGCCAAGAUUCAUGCCGAGGAGACUCUGGAGGUCCGCUGAUGAAGCUGGAAAGUGUCCAAGGAAAGAACUCCUGGUUUCUUAAGGGGCUCGUUAGUUUCGGCUCGAACAAAUGUGGGACAAAAGACGUGCCAGGGGUGUAUACAAGGGUUAGUCAUUUUAUUGAUUGGAUUCAAGAAAAUAUAGAAGAAUGAUAACUGAG